AAGUAAAUUGUAAUAAUGUUUCACGGUGGUGGAGGUGGUGGUGGUGGAGGUGGUAUGCAUGGUUUCAGAGGUGAAAGAACUCCAUUACUCAAUAGAAAUGGUUUGGCAAAUGGUGAGCAGGGGGAUCUUGAGCUUGGAGAUGCAAUCCCGGCUGCUAAUGUGAGCUAUGUUAGAGUGCUUUCUUUGGCUAAACCAGAGGCUGGAAGGUUGAUUGUUGGUACUAUUGCUUUGUUGAUUGCCUCCACGUCAAGUAUAUUGAUUCCACGGUUUGGUGGGACGGUUAUUGAUAUUGUUUCGGGAGAACUGGAAACACCUGAACAGAAAAGUGAAGCGGUUAGUGAAGUCAACAGAACCAUACUUGGAAUCUUUCUGAUUGUCAUCAUUGGUUCCAUCUGUACAGCACUUCGAGCAUGGUUAUUUUCUUCCGCAAGUGAAAGAAUUGUUGCAGCCUUGAGAAAGAACCUAUUCAGCCACCUCGUUAAUCAAGAGAUAGCCUUUUUUGAUGUUACACGAACAGGGGAGCUCCUUAGCAGGCUUUCAGAGGAUACUCAAAUCAUUAAAAAUGCUGCAACUUCAAAUGUUUCUGAGAUUCUCAGGAAUCUUUCCACUGCAUUUAUUGGUCUAGGUUUCAUGUUUGCCACAUCAUGGAAGCUAACAUUACUGGCUUUAAUUGUUGUUCCCGCCAUUUCAAUAACCGUACGCCAAGUUGGACGAUAUCUUCGUGAAGUUUCCCACAAGACUCAAGCUGCUGCAGCUGUUGCUUCCUCAAUCGCUGAGGAAACUUUUGGUGCAGUACGCACUGUCAGAUCUUUUGCUCAGGAGAACUAUGAGAUUUCACGCUAUUCUGAGAAAGUUGACGAGACAUUAAAACUUGGACUCCAGUAUGCCAAAGUGGUAGGUAUCUUCUUUGGAGGUCUGAAUGCAGCAUCAACAUUAUCAGUUAUCAUAGUAGUGAUAUAUGGAGCAAAUUUGACCAUAGCAGGCUCUAUGAGCCCUGGAUCUCUUACGUCGUUCAUUCUUUAUAGCCUGACGGUUGGAACCUCUGUUUCUGGGCUGUCUAGCAUUUACACAGUGGCAAUGAAAGCUGCAGGAGCCAGUAGAAGAGUUUUUCAACUUCUGGACCGUGUUUCGUCGAUGCCACAAGCCGGAAAGAAGUGUCCUAUGGGGGAUGGUGAUGCUGAAGUAGAGUUGGAUGAUGUCUGGUUCGCCUAUCCUUCACGUCCUCGUCAUAAUGUGCUCGAGGGAAUAAAUUUGAAACUGCAGCCUGGUUCGAAGGUUGCACUUGUUGGUCCUAGUGGUGGUGGAAAGACCACUAUAGCCAAUCUGAUUGAAAGAUUUUAUGAUCCUAUUAAAGGAAGAAUAUUGAUUAAUGGGGUUCCUUUGGUAGACAUAUCACAUGAACAUCUACAUAAAAGGAUUAGCAUAGUGAGCCAGGAACCUACACUUUUCAAUUGUUCAAUUGAAGAAAAUAUUGCUUAUGGACUCGAUGGAAAAGCAAGCGAGGAAGAGGUGGAAAAAGCAGCUAAAAUGGCUAAUGCUCAUGAAUUUAUAUCUAAGUUCCCUGAAAAAUACAAGACGUUUGUUGGUGAACGUGGAGUCAGGCUUUCAGGAGGUCAGAAACAGAGAGUAGCGAUAGCACGAGCCCUAUUGAUGAACCCAAAGAUUCUUCUUUUGGAUGAAGCUACUAGUGCUUUGGAUGCAGAAAGCGAGUACUUGGUUCAGGAUGCAAUGGAAUCUCUAAUGAAGGGGAGAACGGUAUUAGUGAUAGCACAUAGGCUUUCAACAGUACAAAGUGCAGAUACAGUGGCAGUUGUAUCAGAUGGAAAGAUAGUUGAACAGGGGACUCAUGAUGAUCUUCUAAGCAGGGACGGUAUAUACACCGCAUUAGUGAAGAGGCAGCUACAGGGGCCUAAAACCGAGCUCUAAUUAUGCUGCGAAGUAAUAAGAAAUGCAUCAUGAUUAGUGCGUUCUGAUUUGAUAACUUAUAUACAUACUUUCGGUGUAUAGGUGCUCUUGUUUAAUUAAGCAAAUGACAACACUAAUGCUCACAUGCAUUUCUUCA